AAGAUCAUUGCCUGAUCCUGAUACACAAUCGAAAAUUUUCAAGAAAUUCGCAACCCUGGUCAGCUGAUGACUGCCAAAAAGUGACAAGUGAAGUGACAACCAAGAAAAAUUGAAAAAUAUUUACAAAUGUUUUGUGGCCCUACCAAACUACUAAAGAUUUUGAAAACAAAACACCAAAUACCUAGUUGUUUAAUGGAUUAAAAGUUAUGCUACAUUGAUAAGAAUAUGGAGAUAGAUAUACCUAUUUUAGUCGCUAUAGUUUCAUCUCUCCUUAUAGUAGUAAUAAGUUUAAUUUAUUUUUUAAAGUUUGGCAACAAACCUAAAGACAAUGUGGAAAAUCCGAGAGCUGUACCUAACAGGAUAAGAGAGGGAAUACCAAGGCGAGCUCAGUUGGCAAGGAAUAGAGGAGCCCGAUUACACGCUGCUGUUCAGAAUAAUGAAGACCCCGAAGAAAAUUUGGAUCAUACUGAGAGACAAACUGAUAUAUCCGAUGCUAAAAUUGGUGCGAAGAAAAAGGCCAAAUUAGAGGCAAAAGCGGAAAAGAAAGCCGCUAGAGUAGCCGAAGAACAGCUUAGAAAUGAAAGAAAGAAAAAGACCGAAUUAGAGGAAAUUGAAAGGAAGAAACAAGAAGCCAAGGACAAAGCCGAAGAGCAACAAAGAGAAGAAGACGAAAGAAAAGCUAAGGAACAAAAAGAAAAAGAAGAAUAUGAGGAAUAUUUAAAAAUGAAAGAAGCAUUUUCUGUCGAGGAAGAAGGGUUUGAUGAAGGCGAACAGGCUGAUGAACAAAAUCUUCUCCAGGAAUUUGUAAAUUACAUAAAACAAAAUAAAGUAGUGAUUAUUGAAGACCUAGCUGCCCAUUUUAAGUUGAAGACGCAAUCGUGCAUAGAUAGAAUAAAAGAUUUACAACAGGACGACAUUUUAACAGGAGUAAUUGACGACCGCGGAAAGUUUAUUUACGUGUCCGAAAAGGAAAUGGAAGCAGUUGCCAAAUUUAUAAGACAGAGAGGCAGAGUUUCAAUAGCAGAUUUGGCAGAGAAUAGUAAUCAAUUAAUAAAUUUGGUUGCAUCUGUUAACUAAUGCAUGUUUUUUUGUUUAUAAUAAAUGCAGGAUAAAGUAAAGAA